AUGGAGUGGGGACGUAAUCGGGACGUGUUCAGCUCUCCUGUGCUGGUCUUCUACGAGCUGUGCAGGGAGUUGAAGCAGCGGCUGCCAGGAGUUCAGAUCCUUGCAGAAGCCGUGGACAGAACCGAGGAGAACCUCGAUUGCAAAUGGGCCAUUGCAAGCUCGGUGCCGCUUCUGGUUGAGUGUUAG